UUUUUCUACCAUUGCGAGACUACAGAAUGUAGCAGCUAACGCAUUUUCUUGUUAAAAGUUAAGGAAGGUAUUCAUUUCUGUUUCUUUAAACAAUAUAUGUAUAAGUAACGUAAAUGAAGUCUGACCUUCUCUAUUGCCGCACUGUCGGUCAUCCUGUCCAACGUAUAACGAAGUAUUUAAAUUUGCUUUAACGGAGAACACAGUGUAACUAUGACGCGAAUGUGUAAUCAACUGAAAUUCAGUGUGGAACACGCCUGCAGUUUUCUCGCAUUAUUGAAACUUAUAUUUUUCCAGAUUUAACCAUUUCUUUGUUCUUUAAUUUAAUUACGAUGUUGGUGCUUCGGCAAAAGUCCAAGACGCCGGACUCCUUCUUGCUUGAAAACACACGAAACGACGAAGAAUCGACUUGUGCCUUCGAGAUUAUUGUAACUCGCACGCGAUUGGCUGUCAGUUCAAAAUGUUGGUUAUUGCAGGCGAUGCUGUGCUGAUGUUGUGACGUUAAAGAUUUUCUAACAGUAUACAUUAAAUAAUCGCGUUCCGAGCGCGUUUAGUUGAUAUUUCCUUCAAAAUUCAUUGAACAUGGCUGCUGUAAGUUCUAAAUCAAAUGUCGAAAACUUAUCCCCACAAAUUAUCCGACGAGUAGCCAAGGAAAUGAGCGAAUUAGCUGCACAACCACCCGAGGGUAUCCGUGUUAUUUUGAACGAGGAAGAUGUUACGGACAUUCAAGCAAUUAUCGAAGGACCCUCUGGUACACCAUACGCGGGUGGUUUCUUCAGAGUAAAAUUAGCUCUUGGCAAAGAUUUCCCCCAAGGACCACCAAAGGCAUUCUUCCUUACAAAGAUCUUUCAUCCAAAUGUUGCGAAAAAUGGAGAAAUAUGUGUUAAUACAUUAAAAAAGGAUUGGAAAUCAGAUCUCGGAAUUAAACAUAUAUUAUUGACUGUAAAAUGUCUCUUAAUAGUGCCAAAUGCAGAAUCUGCUUUAAACGAAGAAGCUGGUAAAUUACUUUUAGAAAGGUACGAUGAUUACUCUGAGCGAGCGAAAAUGAUGACAGAAAUACAUGCACAGGGAGGUGGGAAAGGCAGCAAAGCGGGUCUGGAAAGUUGUGCUUCCUCUGAAGUCGGAGGACCUCUCCCAAAAAAGCAUGCAGGAGAUAAAAAACUAUCGGCGGAAAAGAAAAAAAUGUUAAAAGAUAAGAAAAGGACACUAAAGAGAUUAUAAGAGAAAUCAACGUCGUUUAUCUAUCUUUUAUAAUUUAAAACACUGGUGUGGUAAUGUUGCCUCGUAUUGUACACAAUUAUUGCAUAGUAAAAGUUUAUUAUCUAAACUUGACUGAUCUUAUUAUUAAGUAUUUAGAAAAUUAAUAAUUCCAGAAGCAUUGAUGAAUGACUUCCUAAGAUGCAAACAAGUACAACUCUGUAGUGAUCUACUUUACAAUCAAGAGUGGAAAGUAAUAAAGUCCACUCUGGUAUCUAUUAGUAAAUAUUUUUACAUAUGUACAGAAUACCUCGUGUGAUUAUUUAAAUAAAUAAAGAAUGUUCUUUGAA